AUGUCGGACGACGAAAUGGAUCUCGACGACGGCCCCGUCGAUACGGGUAUAACGUUCUCGACAAUUGAAGCUAAAGGCAAGCGGAGUGCUGCCAAUCUACCAGUAGAGGUUGGAGAUUCUUUACCUUGGGUUGAAAAGUACAGACCGCAAAGCCUUGACGAUGUAUCCGGUCACGAGGACAUUUUAACUACAAUAAAUAAGUUUAUUGCUCAAAACAAACUACCACAUCUUCUCUUCUAUGGCCCUCCCGGAACCGGUAAAACAUCUACAAUUCUAGCUCUUGCUCGACGAAUCUAUAAUACCAAAUCCGAAGCCGCUCUCCGCCACCAUGUCCUAGAGCUGAAUGCUUCCGAUGACCGUGGCAUUGAUGUCGUCCGAGAACAAAUCAAAACCUUUGCCUCUACAAAGCAAAUUUUCUCCUCAGCGAAAUUAGAGCCUUCAAAUACAACAUCUUCGAUCGCACAGUUCAAACUUAUCAUCCUGGAUGAAGCCGACGCCAUGACCUCGACUGCCCAGAAUGCCUUAAGGCGUAUCAUGGAGAAAUACACCUCUAAUGUCCGAUUCUGCAUUAUUGCGAAUUAUACCCACAAACUCAAUGCAGCCCUAUUAUCUAGAUGCACCCGCUUUAGAUUCUCUCCACUACCGAUCCCUGCAUUACGAAGAAGGGUGGAACAUGUUAUAGAUUCCGAAAAUGUUAGAAUCGAUGAUACAGCUGUUGAUGCACUGUUACAUCUCUCAAGGGGCGAUAUGAGGCGUGCUUUGAAUGUACUACAAGCCUGCUUUGCAGGAUCUACGCCACUGGAUAAAAAUGGUGUCGCACUAUCUGGGCCGGAUGUCCAAAGGGAUUUGAUUACCGAGACAUCGAUCUAUGAUUGUGUAGCAGCGCCGCAUCCUGAGGAUAUCCAAGCGAUAAUGAAUACCCUUUUGACGGAGGAUAUAACGACAGCUUUGAUUACCGUCAACAGGAUAAAAACGCUAAAAGGUUUAGCCUUGACCGAUAUUCUACAGGUAGUAGCGGAGGAGUUAUGUCGGCUGGAGGUUAAACCGCACGUAAGAGUUCUGUGGUUGGCUGGUAUGGCGGAGAUUGAGGGCCGGGUAGCUGCGGGAGGCAACGAGAGUAUUCAAACGGCAGGUUUCGCUGGGGUAGUCAAGGCCGGAGCAGAAAUGAUUGCCAAAGGGUAG